AUGGAAAGUGGAGAUGAGCGACCAUACCGAUCUCACACGAAGCCAGCAUGCGUACCGUGCCGCCGGAGGAAAUCGCGAUGCAAACUGGAGCCCCACACUGCGGCCUGUCUGAUGUGUCGCGCGCACGGCACAGAGUGUACAUUUCCUAACGGGAGAGCAAAGUCAACCCCGCAAAAGCGGUAUUCUACCGAGACAGGCCCAUUACUACCACAUCCGAGUUUACGAACGCCAAUCGCAGCUGCCCAGCCACUAAGUCGGGCGCCUCUGGUCGCCGCUUCGCCACAGUUCUCGAUUGUUACCCAGGCCCAGAGCGAUCAAGAUACACCACUGUCUCUCGAGGCUGAAGAUGAUAAUCCCCAUAUUCUCGGUCCGGCGGUGACUGGGGAUAAUCAUGUCUUAGCCGACUAUCUGUCUAACAUCUCGGGUGGCCAGGGAAUUCGUGAAAUUCGUCCCGUCGAGCCGGGUAGUUCCUCGUCCCCGGUCAUAUUCACGAAGGUGCAGAAAAGGCCGCUGGGACUCAUGGUCAACUCUAGUCCGGCAUUGCAUAAGCUACAGACUAUUGAAAAGCUUGUAGAGCCAUGGGGACCGCAUUUGAUAGAGAUAUAUCUGAAAAAGAUCAAUCCUUGCCUUCCAUUACUUGAAGAAAGCUCCUUUCGAGUGCAAUACACAAAUGCGAGGCAUCGCAUUUCUCCUGCGCUUUUGGCGUGUCUGUAUGCCCAUAUGCUUACGCAAUGGCAACAUGACCCCCUUCUAUCCCGAGAAAGGUGCCCAGACGUUCGUUUCGUCUGGAAUCUUGCAAUUGAAGCCUCAUAUUCCGAGUUGCAUGCUUCAGCUGGAAUAUCCACAAUAAAGGCCAUUCUUCUCGAUGUUGGGGGCCGUCCAACGACAUCUAUGACAGGCAACGGGGUAAGAUUGAGUUCAGCUGUUGCCUUGUGCCAUUCCUUGGGUUUGAACCGAAACCCACUCCCGUGGGAUAUUCCACAAGCUGAAAAGCACUUGAGAAUGAAGAUUUGGUGGUCUAUCUUACUCCAUGAUCGGUGGUCAAGCCUUGCUUAUGGAACACCACCCCAUAUCAGACGAUCACAAUACGACGUACCACUACCACUACCCGAGUACCUGUCAGAUUGGGAACGCGAUCAUGAAGCAAACGCAGUUUUCAUCGAGCUUAUGAACUUGACCGACGUGCUGGACCACUGCCUGGAGCAAGUGUACAGCAUCCGUAUCGAGACCCAAGGACCAAGCAGAAAUCUAGAAUUGGAGUUGAACAAAUGGGUGGACUCACUCACAGGAGACAUUCGCAAGAUCAUCAUCCGCGGCUCAAACCUAAAUGUCCCUGGCGCCUGCAACCUCCGUCUUGCAUAUCUGGCAACAAGACUCCUCCUCCGGCGCAUAGACCUAGAUCGCGAACGGCAAGAACCAAACUCCAAUGCAGAGCACAUGGCUAACCGAGUUAUGGAGGCCCGUAGGACCGCGGAGGACAUUGUCGUUUUGGUUCAGGAACUCGGAGAAGUGCAGCUGGGUGAUUAUUGGCUACCUACCGUAGCAUUCACAUUUUCAGCAACGGUGACGUUUUUGAUUCGAUGUGCACUAGAGACAGAGCAGGCAGCGGGUCUUGCACAAAGUGGUUCCCUGAGAAUGGCGAGUGACCUUUUGGCUUCGCUGCGAUUGCACCGGAAGAACUUUGGGUGGGAUCUGGGUGAUAUCUGCCUCGCGCAGCAUUCAGAUGUCAUUGACAAGCUGUUGAAGUCAGAGCCGCCGGUUGAGAACUCGAAGGAGACGAAUGUUGAGCUGCGCCAGCCUUUUGUGCCGGAUAUGUCUUUUCUUGAUGAUAUGUUUCCAAGUACUUGGGAUAUACUGCAAAUUAUGGAAUGA